UAAGAAUUAGUGAUCGAUUCUGAAAACUGAGUAUAACAAACAGAAAUUACUUACAACUUUUUUUUGUUAAAUGAUCUCAUCGACAAUUAUUUUGCACAAUUGGCUCUUAUAGUCGCGGAAGACCAAAAUUUUAUAAUGGAGAAUCCAGAAAUGGAUAAACUUGGACAACCAGCUGAAGAAAAGGAUUCUCUUGUAUUACUACAACAUGAUUGCCACAAUAUCAAAUUGGAAUAUUCAUCUAUAUCAAGAACAGUGGAUAAUCAAACAAACACAAUGUCAUCAUUAUUAUCUGUGAAGAAAGAAACGGGGGAACUUCGCAUUAGUGCUCAAGGAAACGCAACUAUAAAGUACCAUAAUUGUGAUCGUUGUGGAAUGAAGUUUCCUUUGAAAACGAUGUUGAAUAGACACAGAUUGUCCCAUAAUGUCAAACGCUCUAUUCCAAGGAUCAAAUGCUCAAGAGAAAAAUAUGGAUACUCUAAAAAUUCGAAUUUACGGAAGUACAAUAAAUCUGUAUUUGGACAAGUUGAAAAACGGGAUUACAAUUGCAAUCUCUGUAAUUUUUCAUGUGGAAAAAGUAUUAGUUUAACCAUACAUUUAAAAAGAAAACAUGGGAUAAAUGAAGUUAAACCUGUUUCGAAGAGUCGCAAAUAUUCUUCCAACGAAGGUAAUUCAAGCACACGAAGAUCUACGAGAAAUAAGAAAGUUUAUCACUUUUGCGACAUUUGUGACUUUAAGUGUAAGCAGGAUGAUAUUUUGGCUGCACAUGUGGCACAAUGUCAUCAAAAAUCAGAGAAGAAAAUAAAAAAUUUAUCAAGCAGGUCAACCAAGUGGAAUUGUGGAGUCACAAAAGCUGAGGAAGAAAAGUUCGAUAAAGAAGUACAACAAAACGCUCCGACUUUUUCUUGUUCAUGUUGUACUUUCCGUUGUAAAAAGAGAUCGACUAUGACGAGUCAUGUUGCCAAGAAGCACAACAACAAAACUAAUCUAGAAGAAUGCUGUGAUCUUUGUGACUUUAAAUGUGCAAAGAAGAGUACACUUUAUUCACAUAAACGUCAACAUAAAAUUGAAGCCUUGAAUAAGGUUUAUGCUUGCAACGAGUGUGGCUUCAAAACGAUUAAGAGAACGUCGUUGUAUUCUCACAUCAAAAGAAAGCACAAAACUACAAGAUCUUGUACUGGUAAUGACCAGCCAGAGUUAUUUUAUUGCAGCCAGUGCGAUUACAAAAAUAAGAACAAAUACGAACUGAAAGUUCACGUAGCUAGAAAGCAUACUGACGAUUUUAAAUUCUCUUGUGAAACCUGUGGAAAGAAAUUUAAAGUCAAAGGUGAUCUGACGAAUCAUAUAAGGUUCAGUCAUCGAGAACAGCCAGUGAUUUGUGAUGUCUGUGGAAAGACUUGUUUAAAUAGCAAUUCUCUAUACGUGCAUCAAAAGUUUGCUCAUUACAAAGCUAAAUACGAAUGUCAAGUAUGCAAGAGACGAAUGGUGAGCCAAGAAAACUUGAAUGAACAUAUGAUUAGACAGCAUGAGAGAAAGGAGAAUGUUGUUUGUGAAGAAUGUGGUAAAACAUUUUCUAGAAACAGUAGAUUAAAAGUUCACAUGAGAAUUCAUACAGGAGAUAAGCCUUAUACUUGUACCAUCUGCAGCAAAGCUUUUGCGCGUAGAACUGCAUUGAAGCAACAUCUUCUAAUACACACUGGUAUGAGACCAUACGUGUGUGAUAUUUGUGGGAAGGCUUUUACUCAGAAACCUGGAUUGAUCAGUCAUCGGAAAUCUCACCCAGGAUCUCAUCCACCUUUACCAAGAGUUCUCAUCGAUCAUAUAUUGAAUGAAGUUAUGAAUAAUUAAGACUAUUUGAUUUUCCACUGAUUACGUGUUUCUAAAUUACUACUUUUCUAGUACUUUUUCAAUAUAGCUAUAUGGCACAACCUGUGUUUUUUACAAUAUCUUGUUAUUAGCUCAUUCUAAAAGACGUAGAUAAGAAAAGUGUCUAAAGGAAUAUGUUAAUGUUAUUAUUCUUUAAUCAUUAUUAAUAUUUAGAUAGACAUACGUGUAUAGAUAUCUUUUUACUUAAAGUGCAAUGUUUAAAUACUGUUUACAGGGUUUAUUGGGUUUUGACUAUUAUCGAUUUUAAUAGUUCACUUGUAAUCUUUCACAGAUUUUCUGUAAUAACAUAUCCACAUCUGUCUUACAAUGUUUCUGAAUUAUCGAUGUUCUUGACAUUUAAAAAAAGAAAUCAUAUUUUACAUUUAUUAUAUCUAUAUUUACAUUCAUGAG